AUGGCGCUCUGUCUUGGACAAGUCUUCAGCAAAGACAAAACGUUUAGGCCUCGGAAGCGCUUUGAGCCUGGGACCCAGCGCUUUGAGCUGUACAAGAAGGCCCAGGCCUCUCUGAAGUCAGGCCUGGACCUGAGGAAAGUGGUCCAGCUUCCCGAAGGAGAGAACAUCAACGACUGGAUCGCUGUGCACGUGGUGGACUUCUUCAACCGGAUCAACCUGAUCUACGGCACGGUCAGCGAGUUCUGCACCGAGCGCACCUGCCCCAUCAUGUCGGGGGGCCUGCGCUACGAGUACCGGUGGCAGGAUGGGGACGACUACAAGAAGCCCACCAAGCUGCCCGCCUUGAAAUACAUGAACCUUCUGAUGGACUGGAUAGAGACAAACAUCAACAAUGAGGACAUCUUCCCCACGAGAGUAGGUGUGUAAGGCAGUGGUUCCCAACUAGGAUAGUGAAUACAUCUGUGAUGUUGCUUCAUGCUCCACUCUCUCUGACAGUGUCUUUAAUGGAUCUAGAAAGGUUCAAGGAAAGGUUAAUUAGAUAGGUUGAUUAUACAAUGAGGGUGAGGUGGAGCUAAGCUCCCCUGAAUGAGACAUGAGCUCCUCUAAAGGCAACAAAAGUCCAACUUUCUAAGUCUCUAAAUAUUUAUAAUUUGACCAAGACAUGUCGACAACAAGAUGCAUCAAUCUCACUGGAGAAAGCAUCCGAGUGAGCAAAACUGCACCCCUCUGUCUCAGUAUGUGUAGCCCAUGUAUCUGAUGCUGUCUGGCCAAAAAGAGUAUGACAUGCCAUACAUGAUGCUUUCUCCGGUGAGAUAGAUUCAGCCACUUGCGAAUUGAAGGAACAUUUUGAAAAAUUAUUUCAUAAAAAUAGAAAUAAAAUAUUGUUCACAUUUUUGGGGAAGCAUGGCUUCCCUUGUCAUCCAUGAAUGCACACCACUAUAGUAGGCCUAAUGACGAUCGACAAAUGCCAUUACAUUUAUGUGUUUGUAACAGAUGUCUCUUUCCAUUUAUCAAAUGGCAAGUGUACAGUGUGCACUGUUUGGAUGCUGGAAUUAUUUUGGAGUGGACAAAUGUCUGCAGCCGCAGUUAGCCUACUUCUUGAAGUGAUUUGUUUGACAAUCAGAUGAAAACAUCAUCACUGGUUGUGUUCAUGCCACAUUAAAAUGUAAUACAUUUUUUACUGUUAAAUGACAUCUUUAUUGUUAGGCCCAUAAAAACAUUCCCAAGUGAGGCUCCCCCGAAUGUCACGGCAUAAUUUGCACUCUGAAGAAGAAGAAAUUGAAUGGGGUACUCUGAGUCUAUUGUUAAUUAUCAAAGGGUUGUUAUCAAGCUCUGUUUGAGGAGGGAGAUUAUGUGCAUGCAUAAUCUAUCAAAUUAACAUGUAAUUGCGUUGUGGGCUGCAGAGAGACAUUUUACAGUAUGUGAUUUUCCUACAGUAUAGGAUACUGAUGUCCAGUGUGGUUUGAAUGAUAUUCAAUGGCAACUGAUGUGAUAGCUUAAAUGCUAAGUGAAAUUCAUUCUGAUAGUUACAAAUUGAUUUUCAUUACUGCAUCCAGGGAUGGUCUCUAAAAUGAAUCUAAGGGGGUGGCAGACUUCCUCACUGACAGUUCUAUCCUCUUUGGCCCCAGGUGUUCCUUUCCCUAAGAACUUCCAGCAGGUGUGUAAGAAGAUCCUGAGCCGUCUCUUCCGGGUCUUUGUACACGUCUACAUCCACCACUUUGACAGCAUCUGCAGUAUGGGCGCUGAGGCCCACAUCAAUACCUGCUACAAACACUACUAUUAUUUCAUCUCCGAGUUCAGCCUCAUCGAGCACUCUGAACUGGAGCCCCUGGUGAGAAAGGAGGUGUGGGGGUGAAUGGAUGGAACUGGGGCCAGAGAGAGGAGGGGUGGGUUGUGGGUGUGGGGGGGGGGGGGGGGGGGUUGGGGGGGGCUAGAGAGAGGGAUUUGGGGAUAAUAGCAGGUUUGGUCUGCAUUCCACAUGGCACCCUAUUUCCUAUACAGUGUGUUUCUUUUGAUCAGCGCCCUCUGAGCCCUGGUCAAAAGUAGUGCACUAAAUAUGGAAUAGGGUGGCAUUUGGGACGUAUCCUUAGAUAGAGCUUGGGUGGGAGGUUUCCAUUUCUAUGUCCUAUAUGUUCAUAUUUAGGACAGGGGUAGGGGGGUGUCUGGGUAUUCAUUUAUGAGGGAAUAUCCUUCACAUUGCAAUUAUUCAGACUAGUUUUGCCAUAACCAAAUUAGGGAGGAGCUUAUAUUUUCCCUCAUAAAACAGAGGCAGUGUAUUGUCCGCGUUAUUUCACACCACAACAGAACAUGUUGUUUUGAGUGUCUGCGCAAACCACAUAAGCUGGGUGAUUAUACAGAAUCAACUCUGGGCAUAGAGCAUAUUACUAAAUCACAGUCUAGUAUAAGAUAAUUAUACGAUAGCUGUGUCUUUCAUUUUCUCUUUGGCACAGUCAUUGGAAUUAAUGAUGCACUACUUAUUUCCCCAGUUUGCAUCAUAAAAGAAACUUGUUAAACUCUUUGUAAAAAAUCUGGUUUGGUUUAUAUAACCAUCAUAAGUGAAAUUGCAGUCUAGCCAGCCAUAAGUGAGAAUCAUGUCACUUUCAAGUUGUUUUCUGUAGUACAGAGAGCUUCAUUACAUUUUAACAGAUGGAGGUAUGAGCUCCGAGGUACAAUAAAAGGCCUCUGUUAUCAUCCACUGCCUGGUACUUCUCCCCCGGUGAAUAAGUAAUGAUACUAUGAAAACAACACAAUCUGUGGGGAAAUAAUCCUUGUUAACAUAAGAUGGUGUAAUAGACUGAGCGUUUAGCUUUUCUGCUUUUGGAUGACUAGAGGUAAGAUGGAAACAGCCGAGUGAUUUCUCAUCAGAUGAUGACUUUAUUGUAGCCUAUCUGUUCGAAAAUAUUUGUUGCCUCAUACAGCGUGCCAGUAGGUGUGUGGUACUGUCUGUUACUAUAAAUUAAGCCUGGGCCAUCUACUGGACAUUUGUCAAUAUCAUAUGAAUUGCCUGUCUCUCCUCUUUUUUCUUUGCCCCCAGAGAGCAAUGACAGAGAAGAUAUGUAACUAAACCAUUUGGACAAUGGAGUUUACAUCAUUUCAACAUUCCCUGAGGCCAUCAAGAGACCCACUGCUUAAAUACCAUUCCAAACACUCAAACCAAAGGACAGUUGAAUGGAUUUUGAGUGGAUUUGAAGAACUAAAGUGUUAUCCAUCCCAAGCAUUAGAACGUUUGUUCACAUUUUCAGUCAAUAGGCUAUAUGUUUUAGGAAAAAGGACUGUUCUGCUUCCUAGAUUUUGUGCUGUGACAUUGUGCAGCACUCCAGUAUUUAGUGUUUUAUUUUUAUAACUAUUCUAGCUCUGUUUUAUUAAGCAUGAAUAUGUUUUUCUUGUGCAUGUUCUUGACAUCAUUUACUUCAGAAAUGUGUUUGCUGUUUCGAGGUGUUUGAGCCAUUUUGUGAUGGACAGAAGGUGACAUCACAAGACCUCUCUCCAGUGUUUUGCAUUUUGUGACAAAUAUGUGUCCAAUGUGUCCCAGCCAGAGGCAACAGAGUUAUGGACUUUGAAAAACAGACAUUUUGUGAGGUGUCUGGGUAAGUACAGGGUGACAACUGGAAGCAAUUCCACUGAAUUACUGACUUCAUUUUAAUUUAACAAAACUAGUUAAACCGGGAUUACUCUGUGAGACUAAUCUGAUUGAGAUGUAUAACAGAUUUAAUUGCCAAGUAUUACGACAAGUAAGGUCACCCACUACAAGUAGUGUUUUGUUGCAUGCCCUGUUAUUAUUAUCAUUGUAUUAUUAAGAGAAUGUUUUAGCUGUGAUCAAACUAAAUAUCAGACAUAGGAUAUUUUAAUUUAGAUGGUGACCAAUUAAAACCUGCCUUAUUGCUUUUGUAAAAGCUUAAAGUAACUGUCCAGUGUUUC